UAUUCCCAAAACUACUGUUUCCGGUAAAUGUCAGCUUUUAGUUCUUUUCUUUUCCGUAAAGCAUGCCGUUUCAAAGAUUCGUAGAAACUGGCCGUGUGGCCCUUAUUUCUGAUGGCCCCAAUAAGGGUAAACUUGUUAGCAUUGUUGAUGUUAUUGACCAAACAAGGGUAUUAGUUGAUGGACCAGUAAGCAAUGUACCCAGAAGCCAGAUUAGGUUAAAUCAAUUGCAUUUAACAAAAUUCCGAAUCAAAUUUCCAUACACAGCGCCCACACGAGCUGUUCGUAAGUCAUGGAUUGAUUCUAAAAUUGAUGAAAAAUGGACCGAAUCUGUAUGGGCGAAGAAAAUUGCUGCCAAGAAAAAGCGUGCCGAACUUACGGACUUUGACCGUUUCAAAUUGCGCAGAGCACGUUCCCGUAGGAACCAUAUCCGUACAGCUACUUUCCUUGCUUUAAGGAAGGCAGCGUCCAGGAAUGGAACGUUAUAUGGUAAGAAGAAGAUGGCCAAGGGAGGAGACAAACCCAAACCUUCAAAGAAAGCGAAGCCACAAAAAAAGGAAGCCCCUAAGAAGUAAUGUAUUUGUAAAGUGAAAAUAAAAAAAUUUGGAAAAUUA